GUUAGGUGGCUGGGGGGAGGGGGGGGAGCUGGAAGAAGACAGAGCGAAGAGGGGGGGUGUGGAUUAGAAACCAGGAGGUAACCCCGGGGAGAAGCAGGAGGCAGAGAGAGGAAUAGGAAGAUCAGGAGGUAGAGGGAGGCUGGAGGGUUGGGGAAAAGAGAGAGAAGGAGGAGAGGAAGGGAGAGCAGGGAGAGGAGGCGGGAGGGGAUUUGGGGGUCUCGGUCCUCCCCACCACCGCCUCGGUGUUCUGGGAACCGGUCUCCCUGUGGGGAGGAGAGGCAGGCUGGCAGUCCUGGAGGGACUGGGUCCCACAAAGAGGGGCCAGAGGAGCUGAGAGAGGGGGCCGGGACAUUGGGAAGGGGUCGUUCAGAGGCCUCCCGGGGAUGGGGGUUGCAGCUCGACUGAGCGCCCCUCGAGCGCUGGUACUCUGGGCCGCACUGGGGGCAGCAGCUCACAUCGGACCUGCACCUGAUCCGGAAGACUGGUGGAGCUACAAGGAUAAUCUCCAGGGAAACUUCGUGCCAGGGCCUCCCUUCUGGGGCCUGGUGAAUGCCGCCUGGAGUCUGUGUGCUGUGGGGAAGCGGCAAAGCCCCGUGGACGUGGAGCUGAAGAGGGUCCUUUAUGACCCCUUUCUGCCCCCACUGAGGCUCAGCACUGGGGGAGAGAAGCUCCGGGGAACCCUCUACAACACCGGCCGCCAUGUCUCCUUCCUGCCUGCACCCCGGCCCGUGGUCAACGUGUCUGGGGGGCCCCUCCUCUAUAGCCAUCGACUCAGUGAACUGCGAUUGCUGUUUGGAGCGCGCGAUGGAGCCGGCUCGGAACACCAGAUCAACCACCAGGGGUUCUCUGCGGAGGUGCAGCUCAUCCACUUCAACCAAGAACUCUAUGGGAACCUGAGCGCCGCCUCCCGGGGCCCCAAUGGCCUGGCCAUUCUCAGCCUCUUUGUCAAUGUGGCCGGCAGCUCAAACCCCUUCCUCAGCCGCCUCCUUAACCGUGACACCAUCACCCGCAUCUCCUACAAGAAUGAUGCCUACUUUCUUCAAGACCUGAGCCUGGAGCUCCUGUUCCCCGAAUCCUUUGGCUUCAUCACCUAUCAGGGCUCUCUCAGCACCCCGCCCUGCUCAGAGACUGUCACCUGGAUCCUCAUCGACCGGGCCCUCAAUAUUACCUCCCUCCAGAUGCACUCCCUGAGACUCCUGAGCCAGAAUCCUCCGUCCCAGAUCUUCCAGAGCCUCAGCGGUAACGGCCGGCCCCUGCAGCCCUUGGCCCACAGGGCCUUGAGGGGCAACAGGGACCCCCGGCACCCCGAGAGGCGCUGCCGAGGCCCCAACUACCGCCUGCAUGUGGAUGGUGCCCCCCAUGGUCGCUGAGACUCCCCAUCGAGGAUUGCGCCUGUCCUUUCCAAGUCUCCCCACUCGGGGAGGGGAGUCACCCCCAAAACAAAGCUAUUAAAGGGACAGAAUACUUCCUGUUU